CAAAAAAAUAAAAUAAAACAAAAGAGAGAAAGCUUAAGCAAAACGGUAAUCCAAACCAAAGCACGAAAGCGCAUACGUAUAUCUCUCGGUCGCGCUUUCUCUAAUUUCUCUCAAAUCGAUUCCCGAAAUUGAAGCUUAUACUUCAACAACAACAACGCGUCGCCAGCCGCUGCAGCAUGGGCCAAGCCUUCCGCAAACUCUUUGAUACCUUCUUCGGCAACAGUGAAAUGCGUGUUGUGAUGCUGGGUUUGGAUGCUGCUGGUAAAACAACCAUACUGUACAAGUUGCACAUUGGAGAAGUGUUAUCUACUGUUCCUACAAUUGGUUUUAAUGUGGAGAAAGUUCAGUAUAAGAAUGUGAUGUUCACAGUUUGGGAUGUUGGUGGGCAAGAGAAAUUAAGGCCACUAUGGAGGCAUUAUUUUAAUAAUACCGAUGGACUGAUCUAUGUUGUUGAUUCCUUGGACCGAGAGAGAAUUGGAAAGGCAAAGCAAGAAUUUCAGGCUAUCAUCAAAGAUCCAUUUAUGCUCCACAGUGUGAUUUUGGUGUUUGCAAAUAAGCAGGAUAUGAAAGGAGCAAUGACCCCAAUGGAAGUUUGCGAAGGAUUAGGCCUCUAUGAUCUCAGGAAUCGAAGAUGGCACAUUCAAGGGACAUGUGCACUUAGAGGAGAUGGACUUUACGAAGGCUUGGAUUGGUUGGCUUCAACUAUAAAGGAGAUGAGAGCUGCCGGAUACUCAUCUGCAGGCACCUCGACAAUCUAGUCUUCCAGUUUGGAAUUCUUACCUCCUUACUAAUCAAAAACUUGUAUAUUGUCGUUCCCCUUCAAUAUCAUCCUUGUAGAACAUUUCUUUUUGCGAAAACUAGAAAUUCUCAUCAAUUUUCUACCUAAGCACGUUUAUUAUGACACUGUGAGGUUUAUUCGAUAAUGAAGCUUAAGAGUUAUUUACCCCGUGUGAAA